UGUAAACAAGCGGAAAAAUUUGUUACCUGGUUCUGGUGAAGCGUACAACGGUAAAAGUUCAGAUUAAAUCUUUCCUCCAUACGGCGAAUCCUCGAAGGUACAUUGGUAAAGUAAGCUAUGGUUGCUGUUCUGUGGUUUCUAAUCGUAUUAGUUGACGUAAGCAAGUCUCUUGAAUGCACCCAGCCUGUGUGGUCUGUGAAAGGAAAGUAUCUCAGAGGUCAUGUAACUUCGAACGUUAGUACUAGCGGCCUGGGCGACUGUAUGCUGGAGUGCUUCAGUGUUCCGCAAUGUAAAAGCAUCAACUUUCGGUUUAAGUACUUACUCUGUGAACUAAACGACGCCAGUAGAAACACACACCCAUGGGACUACAUUUCCAGUGAGGAGCAUGCGUACAGUGACAUCCAUCCUGAUAAGGUAGCAUUUCAGAGCCUGCAUUUGAACAUGACACCUUCAUGGCUUCAAGCCCAUGCUUCUUUCAUUGAUAGCAACAGCUCCUAUUCCGCAGCUGCUGACCAGAUAACAUUCAACGCAGGCUCUUUAAUGAAUGCAGCCCUUUUCAAAGUUGCUUUGCUGGCCGAUGGUGUGUUGACUGAAGGAACUUCGUUGACCGUUUAGAUGAC